AUCAAGUUUACAGUUACUAAAGUUGAGGGGAGAAAGAGAGAGAAACCAAAAUCAAUUAAACAACAUUUCGCAGACCUGCAAAAUCCAAAGAAUGGCUCAAGCACAAGCCGUGAGGAUUGAAGAAAAGACUACACAAGACAAAGAAGGGAUGAAGAGCACAACAAAUGGCGGUACUAGUAGUGGGAGUGUGCCCUUCAAAUUCAAUGCUCAGGCGCCUGAGUUUGUGCCCAGAUCGCAAACCCGGAUGCCCAUUUCUGGAUAUUACUAUCCUUGUUUUCACUAUCUUGGUGGGACUGUUGGUGCUUCUGAUUGGAUCUUUGUUGGGGAUCAAGAACCUGUUUAUGCCAUUUCAAAUUCUAAUGUCACGCUCCCCAAUUCCUCGAAAAAUGUCCUCACUGAUGAUCUCAAGCAAAAGAUCAUCAAAGAGGUGGAAUACCAGUUCAGUGCCAUGAGUCUUCUUGCAAAUGAAACUUUAUCAAAACACAUGAACAAAGAUCCAGAAGGUUUUGUGCCCAUAUCUGUCCUUGCUUCCAUGAAGAAGAUCAAGUCUCUUGUUGGUAAUAACCAGAUACUUACCCAAGCACUGUGGUCCUCUUCAAAGCUUGUUCUAAGUGAUGAUGGAAAGAAGGUGAGGCGUAAACACCCUUUCACGGAGAAAGAGAAAGAGGAAUUGCAGUCUUGUACUGUUGUAGCAGAGAACUUACCUGAAGAUCACUCUCACCAAAACUUGGAGAAAAUAUUUAGUGUGGUUGGGAGAGUAAAAAGCAUUCGCAUUUGUCAUCCUCCUGAAUCCAAUUCUUCGCGCUCUAAAAGCGAUUUCUUUGUGAGUAACAAGCUACAUGCCCUUGUGGAGUAUGAGAAUUCUGAUAUAGUUGAGAAAGCGGUUGAUAAGUUAAGUGAUGAAAGAAAUUGGAGGAAAGGGCUUCGAGUAAGGCCACUGAUUAGAUGCUCGCCAAAAUCUGUUCUAAAGAACAGAAAGUCAGACUUUGAUGGCAUUUUAAACGAUGAGGAAGAGGCUGAAGAUACAUAUUGGCCAAACCACCCAGAUUUGGUCAUAGAGAACAAUGCUGAAGAACAUUCAAUAGGAUCAAAGAAGGGAUGGGCUAGAGGGCGUGGACGUGGACAAACCCACAUUGGACGUGGGUUGUUGGCUCCAUCUCUUCAAUCGAGCAGUGCAAUUCAGUCUGAAACAUUUGUUAAACAGACUUCUAAGGGUCCUAGAAUGCCAGAUGGAACUAGGGGUUUUACCAUGGGGCGAGGCAAGCCAUCAAGUCCACAAGCUCUAGCCACUUCACCUUAAAGAUUCUGCCCCUACUAGGCUGUGCUCUAGCUAUUAGUUACUGAAAUGGCUCUGCAAUCCUGAAAGCAAGAAUUGAGCAAAACUAGCAAUAAUAAUAUGUAGUAGAUGGGUUCAUCAUUUUAUAUUUAGUCAUUCAUUGAUUCAUGUUCUUCUUAGUUAUUCAAGAUGUAUAGUAAUGAUAUGUCACAAUUGUGACAACGUUUAUUUACUAAAUUUUUUCAAGUAGAAGAUCGAAAGUAAUUUUAUGUGUAUGAACAAAUACAUGUAAUGUAUGUGUCUUGUUUAUGUUUGUUAUGUCAGAAGACAUAACAUAUUAAU